AGCCAUUCGUAAUGAGUUCCCGUGCGUCACCCUUUCAUCCGAGGCAGCAAUGCCGCUCCCUGUAUUUUACUGACCAUCCAUAAUCAACAGACUUCACUAUGCGUCUCAACAACUUCCUCCAGGGUCGGCACGGCACGAACGCCACCGCUCAUUUCACCUACGAGGAAACAAGUAGCGGCUCACAGAGUCACACUGUGUGGACUGGCACUUAUUUGAUCGAUGAUAUGACAUACGGUCAUGGGACGGGGACGAACAAGAGGGCUGCGAAGGAGGCAGCCGCUCAGAGAGCUAUUCAAAUGUUAGAGGCCGAGGGGCACACCAUUCCUAAUUGAGCGCCCUGGUUGUCAACGAUGACGAUGAGAAAUUUCUGAGGUGUGGUGAUUUUGAA